AGGAAAAGAGGGAAAGAAAAGAGAAAGUGGAAGGGUGAGAGAAAGAAGAAAGGUGGAGAAAGGAAGGAAGGGAGAGAGAGAGAAAGGAAGGAAGGAAGGGGAAGGAAAAGGCAGGAAGGAAGAGAACAAAAGAAAGGCGAGAGUAAGGAAGGACGAAAGGAAGGAAAGUAAGAGGACGAAAGGGAGAGGAAGAAGAAGGCAGGAUGGAGCGAGGACGAGUGAGAAAGGAGAGAGAGAGAGAGGAAGGAUGGAUGGAAGGAAAAGAGGGAAGGGAAAAUCGGGCGCGGGGACUUCUCCCAUCCUCUGCGUGUGACGUGUGGCUGACAUUCUGGGUCUGGGUUGCUGCUGCUACCCUCCUCCUCCUCCUCCUCCUCCUCCUCCUCCUCUGCUCAGCUGGCCGAAGGGCUGCUGGGGCCAGAGGGAGAGGCAGGCAGGGCUACCAUUGGAUGCUCCAGCAACCCAUGGCUGGGCUGCGAUUGACGGAGAGAGUGCAAGGGGUGGGCAGCGGAGGAGAGCUUGGCGCUGGCUCCCCUCCCCUCCUCGGCCGCUGGUGCAGCUUCACCGAGGAGGAGGCCCGGAUCCUGUUCGGUCCCAGCCAUGGAGGCACCGCCGAACGACACAAGAGGGGAGACUUAACGGGCACCCCCUCUGCAACCUCCGCCCCGCUUCUCCCCCCCCCCCCCCGCCAGAGGAGACGAAGGAGGAGGCUGGCUUUCCAAAAUACACAUCAUGCUGCUCUUUCUCCCCAGGUCACCCUAGCCUGGGCACCAAGACGGGGGUCCAAGCUUUGGGGGAGCGAGGGGGACGCCGAUGACGCCGGAGAAGCCUUUGAAUUUGAAGACAGCGAAGAAGACGAUGCCACUCAGCUUGUGGUGAGCAAUGCCAGGACGGAGCUGGGCACCAAGGGGGCACUGCAGGACCCACCCCUCAGGCGACGAUCCAGCAUCAGCGAUGACCUGGAGCCGUUGGGCGGCUGGGACGCGGAAGAAGCACUCCUGGAGGAUCGGGUCCCCUUGACCACCUCGGAUUCCAGUGCCCACCUUGAUUGCCGAGAUCCUCCGGCUCAGGCCGAAUUGUUGGGCACGGUGAGCAAUGGAGAUUUUUCCCAGACGGGGACACGGAUCUACAGCUGGAAGCGAAGGCAUUCGUCUCAAGGUGAUCAGUUCACUGAUGACGAAGUGAUUUACGAUGAUGUCCCUUACGAGAAAGUCGAUUUGGAACCGUGUGAUUCGGAGAGAAGCUUAAUUUAUGAAGAUGUCCCUCACCCCAGGCUCAGCUCACAGGAGCCCGAAGAUUUAGGCUGGAGCUCCAGCGAAUUCGAAAGCUAUAGCGAAGACUCGGCCGACGAAAACAAAGCCAAUGCGGCCCACGCCAAACCCAAAGUUUCCUUCCAGCCGAAGAUGACCCAGUUCAUGAAAGCAGCCAAAAGCGGUACUAAGGAUGGCUUGGAAAAAACCAAAAUUGCUGUCAUGCGGACUUUCCUGCAUAAGAAAGAUAUUCCAGGGGAUUCCGAAGAAGAAGAGCUGGGGUUCUUGGAGGUGCCUGUUUCAGAUGCCAAACAGCUACCGGAGUUGGGGCCGAUGCCCGAAGGGUUAAACCCUCAACAGAUGAUACGUCGUCACAUCCUGGGCUCCAUUGUGCAGAGCGAGAGAAGCUACGUGGACUCGCUUAGGCGCAUUUUACAGGAUUAUAGGAACCCCUUGAUGGAAAUGGAGCCCAAAGUUCUCAGCGCCAGGAAAUGCCAAGUGGUCUUCUUCCGGGUCAAAGACAUCCUCCAAUGCCACUCCAUGUUCCAAAUCGCCUUGUCUUCACGGGUGGUUGAGUGGGACUCCAUGGAGAAGAUCGGUGACCUCUUCGUGGCCUCGUUCUCCAAGUCCAUGGUCUUGGAUGUGUACAGUGAAUACGUCAACAACUUCACCAGUGCCAUGUCCUUAAUCAAGAAGGCCUGCUUGACCAAACCGGCUUUCUUGGAGUUCCUCAAGAAGAAACAGAUGGCCAGUCUUGACCGUGUUACCCUCUACGGCUUGAUGGUGAAGCCCAUUCAAAGGUUCCCUCAGUUUAUUCUUCUGCUCCAGGAUAUGCUGAAGAAUACCCCAAAAGGACACGCUGACCGGUUGUCCCUCCAGCUCGCCCUAACAGAACUGGAGACCUUGGCUGAGAAACUCAACGAGCAGAAGAGGUUGGCCGACCAGGUGGCUGAGAUCCAGCAGCUGACCAAGAGCGUCAGUGACCGCAGCCAUCUCCAUAAGUUGUUAAAUUCGGGGCAACGGCAGCUGUUAUUCUGCGAGACCCUGACGGAGACUGUUUAUGGCGACCGAGGUCAACUAAUCAAAUCCAAGGAGCGCAAGGUGUUUCUUUUGAAUGACGUGUUAGUGUGCGCCAACAUCAACUUCAAGGGGCAACUAGAGAUCAGCAGUCUGGUCCCUCUGGGGCCCAAGUAUAUCGUGAAGUGGAACGCAGCCUUGCCCCAGGUUCAGGUCCUAGAAGUGGGGCAGGAGAGCAGCGCCAAGGAGAAAGACGGUGUCGCCGUCCCAAACGUGGGCUCCAGGAAACCGGCGCCACCCAGCCAGUCUGGCCACAAUAAAGUUUAUUUGGGACCUCCUCGCCUGUUUCAAGAGCUGCAGGAUCUGCAAAAGGAUCUGGCUGUGGUGCAACAGAUCACUCUUUUAAUCAGCACCCUCCAUGGCACCUACCAGAACUUGAACAUGACGGUGGCCCAAGACUGGUGUUUAGCUCUGCAGAGGAUGAUGAGGGUGAAGGAAGAGGAGAUUCACUCGGCCAACAAAUGCCGCCUCCGUCUCUUACUUCCUGGGAAGCCCGACAAGUCCGGUCGCCCCGUCAGCGUCAUGGUGGUAUUCAUCACACCCAACCCGCUCAGUAAAAUUUCUUGGGUGAAUCAUUUGCACUUGGCCAAAAUUGCCCUCCGGGAAGAAAACCAGCCUGGGUGGAUCUGCCCUGAAGAAGACAAGAAGAGCAAAGCCGCUUUCUGGUGUCCGAUUUUGGUCUGUCACAUCCCUGCCUUCUCCUCCAGGGCCCUUGACCUGCAGCUGCGGGCGGCUGUGCACAGCCCCGUCCAGUCUUCCUUGCUGGGAUUCUCAGCCAUCAGCACUUCUCUACCCCAGGGAUAUUUUUGGGUCGGAGGAGGUCAGGAAGGUGCCGGGGGCCAAGUGGAGAUAUUUUCCCUGAACCGGUCAGUGCCUCGUACUGUCAGGUCUUUCCCGGUGGCCUCGCAGGUCCUCUGCUUGGAGUACAUCCCCGAAAGGGCCGAAGAGGAGCGAGCGGAGGAAUCUCAAACCGCAGCCGACCAGCCGUUUCCAGUUCAGCCUGUCCUCUGCCUCGGCCUGCAAGAUGGCAGCAUCUUGGCCUAUAGCAGUCUGGAUACAGGGGCCCAGUGUUUGCUGACCAGCCGGGCCCCUGGAUCCCACCCUGUUCUCUGCUUGAAGCACAACGCCGAUUACCUCUUUGCCGGACUCCAGAACGGGACGGUGGCGGUAUAUGCCAGAAUCAACGGGGGCCUGUGGGACGCCGACGUUGAGCCCACCUGCCUUGCGGUGGGGUUGGCCCCCGUGCGGACGCUGCUCACCUUGGAUGAUGCUGUGUGGGCCAGCUGUGGCAAUCAAGUCACUGUCUUCGAUGCCGUCAGCCUGAAGGCUCAGCAAAUAUUCGAAGUCCACCCGGAAGAGGAGAGCAACGUGACCCAUAUGAUCAAGGCCGGCAGUGGGGUGUGGAUGGCCUUCUCCUCAGGGUCUUCCAUACGUCUCUUCCACACCGAGACCUUGGAGCUCCUGCAGGACAUCAACGUGGCAACCCGAACCACGGCCGUCCUGCCAGGGCAGAAGAACGUCCGAGUGACCAGUCUCCUCAUCUGCCAGGGCCUGCUCUGGAUUGGCACCGACCAAGGCAUUCUGGUCCUCUUGCCCGUGCCCAGGCUGGAGGGGAUCCCCAAAAUCACAGGGAAGGGGAUGGUUUCUUUCAAUGGCCACUGCGGCCCCAUGGACUUCCUGGCAGUGGCGUUCAGCACUCUGGCCCCCGAGGUCUUGAAGAGCGACAAAGAGGAUGAAGCGACCGCAGACGGAGCGCCAUUGGCGGAUGACGCGCACCCCAAUCUGGGCUCUCGUUCCUCCGACGUGUCUGCCCCGGAUAGUUCCUCCACCAGGGAAAUCCGUAAAAAGGGCAUCCUUCUGCAAUACCGGCUCCGAUCCACGACUCAUCUACCCGGGCAGUUGCUCUCUGUGAGGGACACGCCUUCGCCGGCCGGCGGGAAUUCUCUCGAACACACUGAGGAAGACGGAUCCAUCUAUGAAAUGGCGGACGAUCCGGACAUUUGGGUGCGAAGUCGCCCGUGCGCGAAGGAGUCUCACCGGAAGGAGAUUUCUUCCCUGGCCGUUAUUUCAGGAGGAAGGGGUUACCGCAACUUCAACGUCAACGGCCGGGCUCCGUCGAGCAGCGAAAGUGACAGUACGUUACUCCUGUGGCAAAUCCCGUUGAUUUUAUAGCGCUGUCGAUUUUGCUUUUCCCGUCUUCUCUGGUUUUAGCAUUUGAACGGUGGGCGACGGGGACCUCCGGGGAGACGUGUGGCUUAUCGAGGUACCUCUCUGGUUGGACUGCCCUGCUGAGCCCACCAGUUUUUUUUACCGAUUUCAUAGUCUCCAAAUCCCCUUCUCCCCUUUGCCACCUAUCAACUCUGAAGCCGACCCCACCUCUUUUUCACGCCUCCGAUCUUGACUCUAGCUAAGACUUCCGAUUUUCUUUCCGUGAACGUUUUCAGGUUUUAUAGGAAAAUUGCGCACUCCCUGCAGGCUUUGAAGGGGACAGUUGAAUCCCCCCACCCUCCCUGGGAGAGACAUAUGGGUUUAGUGUACCCCCUGUGUGAAUAUCCUACCUACAAAUAUAUAUAGAGAGACACACACACACAAUACUUAAUAUAAAAGUGCUGUAUAUUAUUAAAUUGUAUAAAUAAAAUCUGUAUAUAUUGGGGGCAGAAAUAAAGUGAUAGAAAACCC